GCACAUGCAUUCAGCAUAGUGCAAGAGUACUUUGCAUAGAAUUGUAACAAUAUCUAGAAGCCGACUACGAUUAAUAUCCGUUAUGUGGAAAGUUUUCACUCUACUUGUCCUGUGUCUUUGGAGCACGCAGUGUGAGGCCACGAGGAGUGUCUUUGUUGAGCCGGCAUGCAGUUGGGAGGAAACAAGUAGUUAUCAACUUUGCCAAGAUUUCCGCGAUAUACGCAAUCUCAUCGAUCCCAACACAUUGGUCUACUACAUCUCUUAUGGCUACUUUAGGGACGCGGAAUUCAAGAGGGCCAUGGACUUCAUCAAGACUGACAGAUUCCAGUCGGUGUCACAGCAACUUGCCGAUACUGCCGCCUACCGGCAACUGCUUAGACGCUUCGCCGAUGCUGGCGUGAGCACGGAAACCAUUGCUAGUGUUCAGGAUAUUUUCAAUUGCCUGAUGAUUUCGCAACCCACAUAUGGUGAUGAGGAGGAGAUUGUCGAAUUGGAAAUGCAAUCGCUUGUGGUGCCGCGUACCUUGCAAGAUGUCGCUACGAAUUUGUUCAACGCCAUUCCACGUGCGAAGCUUCGCUCCUUGAUACGCAGUAAGCAGCAAGAUAGUGAUCAGUUCGCCAGGUUCUAUCGCACCAUACGUGACAGUGGCUUCCGUCGUGAUGUAAAGAAACUAUUCAAAUCAUACGAAGCAAAGUACCCGAUUAGUGUGAUGAAACGCAAUAAUAUUGAUCUGUGGAAAUUGCUGCAAUUGGCCUACAAAGUCAUCGAUAAUAGUUCCCCUUACUGAGCUGUGGUUUCCCGUUGACUAAAAGCAGAUCAUUUGACACUUUGACAGCGAUGCAAAUAAAUUGAGUAGAAUUCGUACAAUAA